AUGAAUUCGACAAAACCAGUACCCCCUAAGAGAAAGAAGGUAGACAGCGAUGAUGAGGACGAGAGGGUCAAAGAUGGCAAUCUUACAUCGGCCGCUGGGAAUUUCUUCGAGGCGCUGUCUGAGGCCGGUGUCACUCACUGCUUCGUCAACCUGGGAAGUGACCAUCCCGCAAUGCUGGAAGCAAUGAUCCAGGCUCAGCAAGCAGUAGAGGUGGAAUUAAUUGCCAAGUCGCUCAUGAGCGCAAAGCGACCGCUUGUUGUCACAAGUUAUCUUGGUCGAAACCUCCAAGCACCAGCCCUCUUAGCUGAGCUUUGUGACAAGCUUCCAAUCACCGUCGUUGAGAUGGUCGGCUCUGACGUUUCUCUGCGAAGUGACCACGAAGCGUAUCGCGGAGUUACCGUUACUACUCAUCCGGAGAUUCUUGAAGCUGAUGUUAUUCUUAUUCUUGAUUGUGAUGUGCCCUGGAUUCCAACUGCUGGAAAGCCUCGGAAAGGAACGAAGGUAUUCCAUCUUGAUGUCGAUCCGCUGAAGCAGCAGAUGCCACUCUUUUUAAUCAAUGCCACUCGCAAGUUCAAGGUUGGCUGUGGAAUUGCGCUUGGACAAAUCAACGCUUUCCUGGAUAAACAGGAUAUCGAUCGGGCUAAGUAUACCCUGCAGUUUGAGGAGCGGUCGAAAGACUACAAAAUCUGGAGGGAAACUCUAAAAAUGGCUGAAUCACCAUCUAAAGACGGUGUAGUCAGUGUGCCCUAUCUGGCAUCAAGACUGCGAGAUUCUCUUCCAGAAGGCACCACCUAUGUUUUGGAGGCUGUAACCAAUGCAGGACAUCUCAUCCACCAUCUAAACUUGACCAAGCCAGGAAGUCUAAUUGCCAGCGGCGCAGGUGGUCUGGGAUGGGGAGGUGGUGCAGCACUGGGCGUCAAGCUCGGCAAGCCAGGUUCAUUCAUUUGUGCAAUGCACAUGGAAAGCGUCUACUGGAUCGCCAGGCGCUAUGAUAUUCCCUUCCUCCUCAUUGUGCUUAACAAUGGCGGAUGGAACGCACCAAAAGUGUCUGCACUUUUGGUUCACAAGGACGGGUUAUCAUCGAAGUCAAACAGACGAGAUCUUAACAUCUCGUUUGACCCUUCUCCGGACUACCCCGGAAUUGCUGCCGCCGCCGGUAAGGCGUGGGGUAAGACAGUCAGUACGCAAAGCGAGCUUGAUCCUGCUAUUAACAAGGCGGCCGAUGUUGUUCAGGGUGGAAAAUGUGCUGUCAUAGAGGUUUCUGUUCCAUCUAUGUGGAAGGAGAACUAA